AUGUGAAGGUUUCCCUAACGUAAUCGGUGCUUUGGACUGCACACAGAUAAAGAUUCAAGCCCCAUCUCAAUUUGAGGAUGUUUAUGUCUGUCGCAAAUCCAUUCACAGCAUCAAUGUUCAGAUGAUAUGUGAUGCUGAUCGCCUUGCCACAAACCUUGUAGCCAAAUGGCCGGGAAGUGUUCACGACAGUCGAAUAUUCAAGGUGUCGUCCAUUGGCCGAGAACUUGCUAACCAAGCUCCACAUGAUGGAUUCCUUUUGGGAGACAAAGGUUAUGCACUUGAACCGUACCUGAUGACACCUUAUCGGAAUCCAACACCUGAAGAAGCCAGAUAUAAUGCCGCCCAAGCACGAACCAGGACACGAGUUGAGCAGGCCUUUGGCAUUUUAAAGAGGCGGUUCCAUUGCUUGCACGAUGAAAUUCGGCUGGUCCCAGAACAGGCCUGUAAAGUGAUAGUCUGCUGUGUAAUCCUCAACAACAUUGAUAAGGAUUCUAUUAUUGUCAAAAUGUUUUCAUGUGGUAUUGAUAGUUAG